AUGUCCGACUCCGAGACUUUUGACACGGAUAUGACAAUGGAGUAUUCCAAUCGCAUAUUAAAAAACAAAGCAUGGGAAAACCUUUGCAUGAAGUUUUAUGAAGAUUUUCAUAAUAAGGAAACAAAAGAAAAAAACCAGUGUACUGCCAACUUACAAAGAAAAUGGAAAAUCUUAAGAGACUCUUUCAACAGAGACCUUAAAAAACAAAAUUCACAGAGAAGCGGUUCAGCAGGUAGUUCAAAGAGAUACUACUACUUUAGUCAAUUAUUAUUUUUAAAGCCAUUGUCUGAAAAUCGAAAUACAACAUCGUCUCUACCAGUACAAAACAAAGACGAUGACAUCGAACAAAUCGAUAAUGAAGACGAUAAUACUACUGAAACGAGUGACUCUGAAGUUUGGAAGAGACCAAAAAAUAUCCAAAGAAAAAAAGAUGAUGCAAAAUAUGGUGAAUAUGGACAGGGGUAUACGACACCAGCGUACCAACCGUACGAGCGACCAUCAACGUCUAGGUAUCGGCCGGAUAUGGAAACAGGCUCUCCACAGCUUCGCAAUUUGCGUACUGCAUCCACACCAAGAAGUAUUUCAGUACCAGAAUCUCCACUCGGCGUCUCUUCUCAGGCUUCAAACUAUAAUGAUCCGAUUAUAACGGAUAUUUUCGGAGAUUAA